CGCGGCGGGGCGGGGCGGGGCUUCCGCCUGCGCGGAGUAUUGCCGGGCCGCUCUGAGGCGCCGGGCACAGUCGGGAGUUUGUGCUAGCUGCGGCGGACGCCCGCGCGGCCAGAUGAGGGGGGCGAUGGAGCUGGAGCCUGAGCUGCUGCUGCAGGAGGCCCGCGAGAGCGUGGAGGCGGCGCAGAGCUACCGGCGGGAGCUGGGUCACCGGCUUGAGGGGCUGCGGGAGGCGCGGAGGCAGAUCAAAGAGAGUGCAUCACAGACAAGGGAUGUUCUCAAACAGCAUUUUAAUGAUUUAAAGGGAACCCUUGGGAAGCUCCUGGAUGAGCGAUUGGUGACCCUUUUGCAAGAGGUGGACACCAUUGAACAGGAGACCAUUAAACCACUAGAUGACUGCCAGAAGCUCAUAGAACAUGGAGUCAACACUGCAGAGGACUUAGUCCGAGAAGGUGAGAUCGCCAUGCUUGAUGGUGUGGGAGAAGAGAAUGAGAAACUGUGGAGCUUUACCAAAAAGGCCUCGCACAUUCAGUUGGACAGCUUGCCAGAAGUACCUUUACUGGUUGAUGUGCCUUGUUUAUCUGCUCAGUUGGAUGACUCAAUUCUUAACAUAGUGAAAGACCACAUUUUUAAGCAUGGAACAGUAGCAUCUCGCCCACCAGUACAGAUAGAAGAACUAAUAGAGAAACCUGGAGGCAUCAUUGUACGAUGGUGUAAGGUGGAUGACGACUUUACAGCCCAAGAUUAUAGGCUCCAGUUUCGCAAAUCUACUUCAAAUCAUUUUGAGGAUGUAUAUGUAGGUUCUGAAACUGAAUUCAUUGUAUUGCACAUAGACCCCAAUGUUGAUUAUCAGUUCAGAGUGUGCGCCCGAGGAGAUGGCCGACAGGAGUGGAGUCCUUGGAGCGUCCCCCAGAUAGGUCAUUCCACAUUGGUGCCUCAUGAGUGGACAGCUGGCUUUGAGGGGUACAGUCUCAGCAGUCGAAGAAAUAUAGCACUCCGGAACGAUUCUGAAUCAUCAGGUGUUCUCUACUCCAGAGCUCCAACUUAUUUUUGUGGGCAGACAUUAACAUUCAGAGUUGAAACUGUGGGACAACCAGACAGAAGAGAUAGCAUAGGAGUGUGUGCAGAAAAACAGGACGGAUAUGACUCUCUGCAGCGGGAUCAAGCUGUGUGCAUUAGUACAAAUGGAGCAGUUUUUGUCAAUGGAAAAGAAAUGACAAAUCAGUUACCUGCAGUUACUUCUGGGUCCACUGUCACAUUUGACAUUGAAGCCGUGACUCUAGGAGCCACCAAUAAUAGUGAAGGUGGAAACUUCAAGCUUCGAGUAACUAUAAGUUCAAAUAACAGAGAAGUGGUUUUUGAUUGGUUACUUGAUCAGUCUUGUGGUUCUCUUUACUUUGGAUGCUCAUUUUUCUAUCCUGGAUGGAAAGUGUUAGUGUUUUAGAUGUUUGAGUACCUGGCUUUUGUUUUCAGGGUUUAACGUAGCUGUCCUCAGCCCAGUGUGAUUGUAAUCACUUUUUUUAAAAAAAAAAGUUGAAUUCAUCUCUAACCUAGGCCAUUGGAAAUGGAAAGUGUUUACCUGGAUUCAUUUUGUAAUAUUUUAGCAAAAAGAGACUUGAAUGUUGUGGACAAGAUUAUAUAAUUCAGUCAUUUUUUUUUUUAGCAUACUGUUAACUAAAGUAUUAUGUCAUAAUAAAAACCAAAUUAGCUUUAAAAGUAUGAGAAGAUGUAGAAAGUUCUA